CCUCACAGAACACGAUCUGUGCUCUCUCUGUGUUAUCACUGAGGAAGUUUUAAAGCGUGUCGGACUCGAACCUGUGGGUCCUCCCUCCUCUGGAGCUCCAGCCCGGGUUCAUACACACACACACACACACACCGCUGCACAUGUCGUUCACAGCCCGUGGAGCACCGCUGGAGUCAGACAGCUGUUAGAAGCUCCGGCUCACCUCAGUCAGCUCCGCUUUAACUACAGACACGAGCCAGAGUCAGAGUGAUGCCUGUCCGGGUGGUGAUGCAGGGUCCCGGGCCCUGGGGGUUCAGGCUGGUCGGGGGAAAGGACUUCGAGCAGCCGCUGGCCAUUUCCCGGGUCACCCCUGGGAGUAAAGCAGCACAGGCCAACCUGUCUAUCGGAGACAUCAUCUUGGCUAUCGAUGGCGAGCACACGGAGAGCAUGACUCACUUGGAGGCUCAGAACAAGAUCAAGGGGUGCAUAGAGGAAAUGGUGCUCUCCAUAGACAGGUCAGAAACUAAACUGUGGUCGCCACUUUCAUCCGAGGAGGGGAAGGCGCAUCCAUACAAGAUGAAUCUUGCCUCAGAGCAGCGGGAGGUGAAACACAUAGGCGCAACCCACAACAGGAGUGCGCUGCCGUUCGCUGGUUUUGGCUCUAAAGUUGUCACCAACCAGUACAACAGCCCGUCUGGGCUUUACUCCUCAGAGAACAUCGAGAACUUCAACUCUGCUGUGGAUGAAGUGAAGACCAUGACUACAGCCACUGAGCCCACUGAGUCCAAAAAGCCUGACGACAAAGCUCCUUCAGAACCGUCAAAGACGAGCACUAGGCCGCCUGUGGCAGCAGAUUCAGAGGUCUACAAGAUGCUACAGGAGAACCAAGAGUCUGAUGAACCUCCUCGGCAGUCCGCUUCAUUCAUGGUGCUUCAGGAGAUUCUCGAGACAGGUGACUCUGAUAAACCAUCAGGGUUCAGGAGUGUGAAAGCACCGAGGACGAAGAUCGGCUCGUCCUUGGGGAACACAGAGAAGUUGCCCGUCUGUGACAAAUGUGGAUCCGGGAUUGUGGGGUUGGUGGUGAAGCUGAGGGACAAGUUCCGUCACCCCGAGUGCUACACCUGCACAGACUGCAACAUCAACCUAAAACAGAAGGGACAUUUCUUUGUGGAGGACCAGAUUUAUUGUGAGAUGCAUGCACGGGAGCGAGUGACUCCGCCUGAGGGCUACGACGUGGUCACAGUGUUCCCCAAGUAGAGCGCUCGCUGAACUCGGCCUCAGACUGCACACCACUGUAGGACACACAACAUAAUCGAAGACAUUCCAGUAUUUAGCUCACGCUACUCCUCUCAGACGUAAAACUGUCUUCUCUCGCAUUCUGCUACAGUACAGUCACUGGUGGGCAGGACAGUCAGAAUCUACAUGUUUGAAAAUGUUGAUUUGCACAUUAACUUUGGCUUCUACAAAAGAAACAAUAAUGAAUACAAUGAAAAAAUCUCAUUUCUCGCUCCCUAAAACAUUCUAUUGGAAUGAGUCGCAGUGUUGUGGACAUGUUUGUCUUUGUACACGUUCUUUUCAACCAUAGAAACAAUGAAAGAUCAAAUUAUUUUUCACCCCAAGAGACUUUUUCUACACUUUUAUUAAAUAAAUAAAACCACUUUUAUGCAGAAAAAUAUCUGAAACAUACAUCAGGAUUAUCAUUGCCAAAUAAAUAUUUUUAGCUUCAA